CGGAACUGUGAGCCACCUGCGUUCGGACACGCCUGCGAUUUCCAUUGAUGUUGUCCGUCCGUCCGUGGCUUGCAAUUGCAUUCAGACAGCGCCCAGUUUCCCCACGCUCAGGCGACCAUUUGCCCCUGAUAGCUCAGAGACAUUCCACCACCCCUGACCCUCCCCAUAGGCUAGUAUGGUGGAGGCAAACCCCGCCGUCAGGCUGCGGAGUAGUAGGAGGUCUGUCGUUGCCGCCAAGCCUGUCAGAAGUUCCCGGGGCGAGGAAGAGCAUGGACAGGGAGACGAGGACGAGGAGCUUCCAGAUGAGGAGCAAGAGGGGAAUGAUGAGGAAGAGAUAGAAGACGAGGAAGAGGAAGAGGAGGACGGGGGUCCUCCGAGUCGACGUGGGGGUAGAAGGAAAGAUGAUCGCCCGGUCAAGCGUCAGAGACUCGAUGACGGCCAUGACGAGAACGAAGAGCGGGUUCAAGGACAGGAACCUACAUAUCCCGUUGGAGCAAUCGUACGGAUAAAGUUAAAGAACUUCAUCACAUACGACGCCGUGGAGUUCAGACCAGGCCCCAAUCUCAACAUGAUCAUCGGUCCAAACGGCACGGGCAAAAGUUCCCUGGUGUGUGCCAUCGCUCUCGGGCUAGCUGGAAGACCAGAUGCGCUCGGCAGGCAAAAGUCGCUACAGGACUUUAUCAAAGACGGGCAGGAGAAAGCCUACAUCGAGAUCGAGUUGAAGGGUCGUGGGAAAGGAAGGAACGUCAUCGUUCGCCGUAUCUUCAAGAAGGGCACCGCGAACGCCAACAUGUGGAAAUUGAACGGUGAGCACUCGACGGAGAAGAACGUCAAGGAGAAGAUGGCGUCUAUGCACGUGCAAGUCGACAAUCUGUGCUCGUUCCUGCCGCAAGAGAAAGUCUCCGAGUUUGCGCAGAUGAACCCGCCUGAGUUGUUGCGCGAGACGGAGCGGUCGGCUGGAAAUGCUAAACUGUCCGAAUGGCAUGCGGAGCUUGUGAGCAUGAGGAAUGAGGAGAAGAAGCUGGAAGCGUCCGCGGCGACCACGAGGGCCGAGUUUGAGAACCUGGAGAGGAGACAUGCUCUUAUGCAACGAGACGUGGAACGGUUCAGGGAGCGGGAGGAGGUGCUCAGAAACAUCGCCAUCAUUGAGACAAAGAUCCCGCAAGUCAAAUACGUCCAGCUCCGCGCAGAGGCUUACGGAGCGCACGAGAAGUGGAAGCAGCUGAGAAUAGCUUUCCGAGAGGUCGAGAACAGAACGGCACCUCUGCUUGCGCAACAGGACGAGAAGAAAGAGGAGUUGCGGGAACUAAAAGACAAGGUCAAAGAAUACACCCGCGAAUACUCCGAAAUGCUCACGAACGGCGUCAAAGGCCGCAACGACGCGCUGGACGCAGCCGAGACCGAAACCAACGACCUCUACAGCCAACUGUCUCUCAUUCGCAGGAGGGAGGAGGAGCACCGAAAGAAACGCCAGGAACAGGUGACCAAGAUCGCCCAGACACAGGCCAAAGUCAGGCAACUCGAAACAGCGCUGAUCGAAAGCGGGAUCCUGAGCGAGGACGGCGAAACCCAAGGCGAGGUUGGCGGCGAACUGGCGGAGCUGAGCGCGCGGAUCGAGGGCAAGAACCAGGAACUCCGCAAACUCGCCGAGAAAUCAGACACCAUCCGGCAAGCGAACACUGAUUUGUGUAGAGAGGCCCAGCACCUCCGCACGCAGAGAGAUCGCAAGAUGUCUGAGUUGGAGAACUUUGACUCGGUGCGGAACCAGAAGCUUGAGCUUAUAAAGAGGGAGGCAAAAGAUGUCUAUGAUGCGAUCAUGUGGCUUAGGGACAAUCAGGGCCUCUUUGAGAAGAAGGUCUACGAACCCGUCGUAUUAGAGAUCAAUGUCAAGGACCCGCGCUAUUCGGAGGCAGUGGAGACUUGCCUGGGCAGGGGCAACAUGUUGAUGUUUGUUACAUUGACAAAGAAAGACUACGAUACAUUCGCCGACGAAAUGAUCGAUAAGCGGAAAAUGCGGAUCAACAUCGUAAUGAUGGCGGACAAUGUGCUGAAAACCCCGCCUCACACGAAGGAAGAACUGCAACGCUGCGGCUUCGAAGGCACCAUUCCGGAUUACAUUGAGGGCCCGCCAGAUGUUCUGCAUGCUUUAUGCGCAAGCGCCAACAUACAUAUGAUACCCGUGGCAGCAAAGGAGAUCCCUUUAGCGAAUCAUCGCCUACUCGAGGAUCGCACGAGCGUCGGGACGUAUAUCUCUGGCCCGAUGCGAUAUGCCAUCAGACGCGCGUACGGGACCUCCUCAGUGAACGCGUCCAAAAUGCGGCCAGCGAGGUUCCUGCAGAGUUCAGUCGAUAUGAGCUUAAAAGCGGCCCUAGAACAAGAACUCGACCAGGUGCAUACUCAACUGGAAGACGUACAACGCCGCAUCACGGCCAUCCGCGCGGACGACGACAAGGUCAGGGCGCAGGACGCGAAGCUCCGGGCUGAUAAGACGGCGCUGAACGAGCGCAAGAAGGAGAUUCAUCAGCAGAGGAAGAAGUAUGACAAUGCUAAGGCGGAUCUGGAAAUCCUCGAAAUGAGGUUGAAGAACAUGGAUGACACCGCGCCGGCCUCGUCGGAGGAGGAGGAGGCGAGCACGAAGAAGGAGAUUCGCAAGCUGGCGCUUAGAAGGGCGGGGAUUGCUGUUGAAUUGGAGAAAGCGUACAAAGAAGCCGCAGAUAUCUUCCUCAAACGCACCCUCGCCGACCUGCGACAGAUGACCCUCUCCGCUCAGAUCCUGCAGGGUGACCGCGACAUCGCGGACGCGAUGCAGGAGAAGGAGGCUGCGAAACUGGAGAUGGAUGAUGCCCAGACGGCGUUCAAAGCGAUAGUAACCCGCCGCGACGACGUAAAAGCCGAGUGGAAAGCGGCGAUGGACAAACAUUCGGGUACUAUCACUGCAGAGAUGUACGAGACGUACGCCGACCUGGACGUAGACGCCCUAGAGCAGCUCCUAGCAGAGCAACAAGCGCGCGCCGACACGAUCAACCAGACCGAUGCUGGGAUCAUUGAGGAGUUUGAGCGGCGAAGUGCUGAGUUAGAAAGACUCCGCCAGAAACUUGAUACGGACGCGGGGAAGUUGAACGAGCGGACUGCCCAGAUUCAGCGGAUUAAGAAUAAGUGGGAGCCGGAAUUGCGUGCGCUUGUUGAGAGGAUUAGUGCUGGUUUUGCGACGGCUUUUGAGAAGAUUGGGUGCGCUGGGGAAGUCAAGCUCUCCACACACGAGGAUUACGAUAAAUGGGGCAUCGACAUCCUUGUCAAGUUCAGAGACACAGAGCGUCUUAAUCAACUAACAGGCCAACGCCAAUCCGGCGGUGAACGCUCCGUCUCAACAAUCCUCUAUUUAAUGGCCCUCCAAAGCCUCUCCCACACGCCCUUCCGCGUUGUCGACGAGAUCAACCAGGGCAUGGACCCGCGCAAUGAACGUAUGGUGCAUGGCGAGAUGGUCAGGGCUGCUUGUCAGAUGGGGACUAGCCAGUAUUUCCUCAUCACACCCAAACUCCUCCCCGAUCUCGAGUACCACGAGCGCAUGCGCGUGCUCUGUGUGUUUAACGGGCCGGACACACCCGAGAAACUGGAUGCGAGGCGGUAUUUGGAAAGGAGGAUGGCUGUGCGGGCUGCGUGAGAGGGUGAGAAUGCUGGAUGAGGAUGAUAUUCGAUUUCUUCUCCCACCCGCCGGUCCGCAGAGCCGGGGUUUGUAUAUAUACGUCAUUUUGCCCCAU